CUGAACUGGCUCAGAGGCGCCUGCCCGAACGGCCAGUUUUGUUCGCAAAUCCACGGUUCCGGCCCGCCUCCCUCCGUCGACCUCAAGCGGCUGAGGUGUCCGACUCUGGACAGGGAGGGAAGGUGCACUCUAGAAGACCGGUGCCCUUACUCCCACGAGGAAUGGAAGGCCGAGUACUUUGACCGGCCGUGUCCUGCCGAGUUGAACGGGCCCGUUGCCGAUCAGGCGCAGGAGGAGCAGCAGGCGGAGGCUCAGGUCUCUUCGCCUCCCGAGACGGUCUGGAGAACGAAUCCAGUCAUCUUCGAUGGCACUUGCGGCCGCCGCCCCAAGCCCCGCAACGAUAACGGCCCGGACAAGGCGAAGACGGAAGAGCAUGCUGGUGGUGCUCCCUCUCAGCCUGCUCCCGCCGAGCCCGCCCCCGUUGAGCCCGCCCCGGUUGAGCCUGCUCCCGUCGAGGCUGCUCCCGCUGAGUCGGCCGCAACAAACAGCACCAGCCGCAGAAGCGGUACCGCUUUUAGAACCCCCCGCCCGCGCCAACCCGGGAUGGCCGAUUCGGAAUCCGAGCACGGUGACAGGCCAACCUACAAGAAGAGCCGGGCCGAUGAGGUAGAGGUUGAGCGACGCCAGAGAACGCGCUCCCGGCGAAAUACGCGAUGA